AUGCCGCCUAGUCCAUUAACUGAUGGAACGCUGCCCGCGAAGACCUUACGUCGUGGGGCGGGCAAGAUUGCAGCCGCCCUCAGUGGGAAGCGCACGAUGGCCUCCCACAAUUACCACUGGCUAGAAGCUGUGUGCGUGCAGCAACGGCUGACAUUGCUAUCCCCCUGCGUAUCCUUGUACCUGGGCACCGCGGGCUUAUUUCGUGCUGUUCUGGCGGCAGAUGCGCCUGGCAUCCAGGCAGUGACAUCGGACAGCCAGACAAGAGGCAAGGCUGGAGUCCGCGGCGGUCUGACGAGACGCGAACAGCAGCAGAUACCGGCAUGCGCUGGCCUCGCUUCAUUUCAGAUCGACACCGUUGACGACUCGCAUGUGUCCAGGGCAGCCCCCAGAGGCCCUCAGUCGCGCGUAGGCAGCGAGCGGGCGAUGCGGUGGCAGGAGCCACCACGGACCGGCGCCGCCGCAGCGGAGUGUGGAGUUGCACAAUUCACUGAGGUGCCUGGCCGCGGCCCUGUUACUUAUGGGCAGCUUGCAAUCGAGACAUUGAGGGACUGGGCACAAGAAAUACACAGGCAGUGGGAAAGCCGGGAACGCUACGUUCAGUCCGCCAUCGGGCGGCGGAUGCUGGCCCAGAAAGAACCGCCGACAAGGAGUCAGCUGGAGAAAUGGGACAAGGAGAGCAGACGAAGGCAUGCCCAGUAUUCACUCACUCGAUUGAUACAGGCCACGAGGUCAAUGAAGCAGGCUGAAGAAAUCGAACAACGUCUCCUUGCAGCUGGAGUGCCAUUCACUAUAUCUGAGGAAACUAGCCCUAUGACACCCGGAUGUAACCAGAGGCAUUUUGAUGCUCCAGGCACAAAUACGGCAAGUACGAAAGGCACACUCUCCAAGCGAGGAGCGGCUGGCGCAUGCGCCGAAGGCUACAAUCUGUUUACCGCAGCUGGUCAGCGUAAAUGCCUGCAGCUCGCGCUCGAUAAAUCAAAGAGACAGGCAACUGCAUUAAAGCAGAAAUGGGAUUCAGAAGACGGCUUCGUUUCUCUGUUUGUUGCGGAGCGUCUGAAAAACCGAAUGUGUCUGAAUCCCAGUCAUCGGCAACUAACUAUGUGGCGCCAUCAAGCCAGAGCCACAUAUUCCCGAGAGAGGGCAAGAUCGAAAAUUACCAUUGCGAAUGUUGAAGGCAGAAUAGCAGCAGGCGUCCGGCUGCUUUCUCUCAUUUCGCCAGCCGACGAAGGACCCGAUCAAGGCGUGUCUGAAGAGGCGGGAGUUGUUGCGCGGCGCAAGAGGCACCACAGCGUUGAUGGUUCGCCGAAGGACACGGAGGGAGCCAUUAAGACCACAAGGCGCACUCCCACCAGCGCAACGCUAACGGUGUCUCGUUCGGAGAACGAGCGAAAUACGGCAGAGGAGCCAGUGCGCAUGCUGCGGGAGAGGAAUUUAAGUCCACAUCCAUCCCUGGUGCACAGUUGGGCUGUGAAAGCACGAAGGAUGUAUUCCUACAUUUCGCCAAUGCGUUUGCAAAGAGUCUCGGAACUGCGUGCUCAAGCUGAUGAAUUGGAGGCAAAGGCGCUGAAAGCUGGUUUAUUAUUAUCGAGCUUGGAGGAGACACCCGACGGCGAGCAUUACUCCACUCUACCGGGAAUAUCGACUACGUCCACCACCGGACAGGAAACAUUUGCAGAGCUGGCCAUCACCUAUCUACGGAAGGAAGCCGAAAGGCUGCGGUCUGUUUGGGACCACGGUAUAGAAUAUUUCGCGGCGCAGAAUACAGCAGAUCGCAUGGUGCGCGACGCGGACCCAAAUCCGACUUCAAGUACGUUGUACGACUGGAAUCGCAGAUCUAGAAGAGACUAUAGAAAGUUCGUGAAAAUAAGACUGAAAAAAGCCCAACAACUUGAAGCGCAAGCUUCAAAACUGGAGCAGGAGUUUCUUGCCCUAACAUCUACGUCGUCUAGCGAUGCAGCGCCAGCGUCAAGUGAUCCUUCAGUUCCAAGCCUCCGCCGCCGUGCCGCUGCCUGCGGAGGAGCCCCCCCACUUCCAACAGCUGUAACUGAGAGCCCUAGCGAAGACCAGUCGAGCCCGCCUGCAACAUCGUCCCUGUGGAUGGCUCCGGUAAACGCGCUUGAUUUGCGCCUCCAAGGGUGGCCGGCUGUGGAGGGGCGCGAAGGCACCCGUAAGGCGAGUCAGUCACCCAGAAGCUCUCAACCGCAGAAUCGAAAAGGCGAAUGCGUGACGGAGACGCUUCCGGCGAAAACAGUCGCACGAAGAGAACGUCAGAACGAGAGCCACCCGUUAGUGGAACGUGAAGGACGCAAAAGCCAGACCAAGGGAUCUGAAACAAAGGCUGCUGCAAAAAGGCAAUCUCACGGCAAUGAACACAUGCCAAAUAGAAGGCAAAAAGAGGGAGACAUGAACCUGCCGCCUCCGAGGGGAGUCACUAUCCACACUCAAGGUCAGGAUGACUGCUGUCCGGUCGAGAAGAUCUCAAAGUCUACGCUUCCUCAUGUGCCGCAACAGGAUGGCGCGUUCCCAAUCGAGUCCUCUUUGCAAAUACAGUGCGAGCGGCCCCAGGUCACGUCUGCAGUCGUGGCCGAUUUGCAACAAAGUGACGCAUUGCAGUCUGCCUCGACAAUGCCUCUGCCGAGUCCGCUUGAAAAACCGCGCGCCCUCACAGGCGUUCUCCCAACAGCUAUCACUUGCCCGCAGUCUGCCUGCUCGGCACCUGCACCCACUCGCAGCUGCUCUUCUCAGCACGCGGAGUCUCGAGUCGUGCAAGUGGCUGACGGGUUGAACCAGCUGACAGUUCCGUUAUCGCUGAACCCGGCCGUCCCUACAAGUCUGUUUGAACCGCUUCCGUCCUCUCAUUUGCCUUUGAAGAAACGGCGCCUUCGCGAUGCUCUGUGGCGUUAUGCAGAGCUCGCCUCAACCGAAGGGAAUCUCUCUCUUGAUGCUGCACCACCCUGCGGGGAUUCACCAAGCAGUUAA